AGACUACACAGUUCGGCAAUUCAAGAUUUACAACAAGUCGUCUCAGUGACAGAAUGGCACCAACAAGUAUAUACUUAGUGUAAAUAGUCAAACAUUACUAGAAGUUCAGCAAAAGAUACCGUUUCAGGAAUUCUUCGAUGAGACAAUUCUUCUUUUGUCAACACAAUACUAAUCUGGCCAUCAAGAGAAAAAUCGAAGCACGGCCAACAGGAGUGUCUCUCUGUUAACUGUAUUUGAAAUGGACUCGCCCAAUUUACGAAGUUUCUGUACUAGUGACUUAAGUCGGCACCAAAGCGAUACAAUUGUUCCUGGAAUAACGCGUAACUUUUUACAGAUUUUAGCGUCACGAUUGCCAGAAAGAUAUGGAAUAUUAUAAUAUAUUUUACAUGGCAUUGAAAUAGUGGAUAUUUACCGUUUUUAAUAAUAUUUUAUUCUAACUCUAAUUCCGAUAACUUUAUUUGAUUAAAGACAGACUUACCUGAUAGUCUUGGAAUUUUACAAGAGAACAAUGAAUAUUCUGUAACUAAUCUCUUGAAUUGUUUGCUGAACCCUGGAGACGUCCUUGUUCCUCAACACAAGCCAUGUGUCGUGUGCUAAUUUCUGUGUUAGGAAACUUGGUGGUUUUGUUUCUAUUAUCUCAACAUGUGGUUCCUGGCAAUUCUGAGAAAGUGUGGGAUAUUAUUCGAGAAGAAUAUCUGCUAAAUAAGGUUGCUCGUUUUAUUGCCAAUAAUACAGUUUUAUCACAGAUAUUUGAUAAAGAAAAUAUAACAGUUUUUAUCCCAUAUAAUGCUGCUUAUUUCAACUAUAAUCCAUUCAAGUAUGGGUAUAGACAAAAUGAUGUACAAGCAUGGAAGAAUAUACUACUAUAUGGUUCAUUGGAUGGUGCUAUAUAUCUAAAGGACAUGAAAGAAAAUGUCCAUCUAUCAUCUCGUCUUGGAUCAGAUCAGUAUUUAUACUUUAAUUAUUACUCAUCGGGAAAAGAUGGGUAUCAUACUGUAAACGGCGCUCGCAUUGUACGAGGUAAUAUCAGAGGAGAUAAUGGAAUAGUUCACAUAAUUGAUCGAGUUAUUGCCCCUUACUGUAGCCAUAAAAACUUACCAGAUUAUCUUUCUCAUCCUGAUAUCCCAUCUUAUUCAUUCUCAUCAAUUAUAAAAGCAAAGAUAGUGGUACCGAUACUAGCAGCAGAAACUAACAGAUCUGAUUUAUUCUUUACAUCGUUCUCACCUAAUGAUUCCUUUCUUUAUCCAAUGCCUCAAUAUGGACAGGAUAAACUCUUCCAGGAUUGGCUACUCCUGCAAAAGGUUUAUAAAGCCCAUAUUAUACCAUAUAGUGUACAGUUUAUACCUACAGUCGGAACUAUACCAGAUUUUACAACAUCAGCUGGUGAUAAAAUAACUUUUACUAGACAUAAAGGAAGUGUAUAUGUAUCUAACAACCGAGUUCGAGCUAGAAUAGUACAAGCUAACAUACCUGUUACAAAUGGUGUAUUACAUGUUAUAGAUGAUUUAUUACAUUAUAUCUAUCAAAAUAUUCUACAAAAAAUGGCAUUUUUACCUGAUGCAAGUAAUAUGUUAGGUUAUAUGAACCGAUUACCAGACGCAGUAAAACAGAGUUUACAAAGAACGAAUGAAACAUUCACUGUAUUCGUACCAACUAAUUGGGCAUUCGGUAAAAUACCAAUUACACAACAAGAAGAACUGAGAAGAAAUGAUGAAGAGGGUAUGAAAACACUCAAUUAUUUAAUACAAGGUCAUAUUAUAUCAGGAGUAGAUUUAAGUUCAAGUGAUUUAGAAGCUGAUCAAACUCUGACUACAAUAGAUGAUAAAAUAGUUUCUAUAAUACACGUACAGGGAGAGACGUAUAUAGAAAGUGGUACAGUUCGUGCCAAGAUAGAAGUAAUGGAUAUUGGCUGUACUAACGGUGUUAUUCAUUUUAUCAGUAAUGUUCUAUUUAUGAGAAAUUUUACUUUAUGGGAAGCCAUGGAAAAUAUUCCACAAUUAAGUAUAAUGUACUCGUUUGCUCUCGAAGAUCAAGAUAUUGAAGACAAGCUGCUGUCAGAUAAUACUGGUCCUAGAACAGUUUUUAUGGCGGGAAAUUCAGUUUUAGAACAAGCCGAUCAGCAAGUAAUAAAGACAUUGAGAUCAUUCUCCUAUAUUGUUCAUGAGGCAAUAAAAGGUCAGAUAGUGCAAGGAAUUCACAUGUCAUCUGAUAUAGCAAAAUCUGUACAAGUUGGAACUAUGGCCGGAAAAACUCUUACAUUAUUUAAAGAUAAAGAAACAGGAGAGUUUGAGGUAGAAGGAAGUCAUGUUCGAGCACGUGUAAUAGUGAAAGAUAUCUGGUGUUCUAAUGGUGUAUUACAUAUAGUAGAUGAUAUUCUACAUUUACCAAUCAGAAAUAUCGUACAGGAAAUAGCUAAACAUAGCGAUCUUACUUUUACGUCUGCUUUGAUAACAGCUGUACAAGAUUUAAAUGUUCAACUAUCUAAUUUAUCUGAGAAUUAUACAAUUUUUAUACCUCGGAACGAUGCCUAUUCUAAACUACAAUGGUCUACUAUAGAUGCUGUAUUAAAAGAUAUACCUCGAGCUAGAAAGAUCUUACAGAGUCAUAUAAUAUCUGGUGUAGCUAAAUAUAUAGACGAGAUAAGAGAUCGGGAAAUGUUAAAAGCAGAUGAAAAUGUUAUUUAUAUUAUCAGAAAAAAUGGACAUGUAUUUGCUAUAAAUAAUAAUUUAUGGGCAAGAGUAAUAAAGCCUGAUAUACCUGCAUCUAAUGGUAGAAUACAUGUAAUAGAUACUAUAUUCUAUCUACCUUAUAUGACUAUUGCUGAAGCUCUGGAAAAUAUGGAGGAACUUAAGCCCUUUCAAGAUUUGAUGAGUUUAGUCCCUGAAUUUAAUGAUUUAAUAACAUCAAAUGAUAAUCGUUUAAUGACAUUAUUUAUACCGUCUGGUGAUUAUAUUCAAUCUUUAGAUUAUCAUAAAUUAGAUAAAAUACAAAAAUCUCCAAAAAUACUUAAACGGUUAUACGCUGGUCAUGUUUUACCUCAAGCUAGAUAUGACGAUGCCUUUCUACGUAAAUAUCCUGAUUCUGAUUAUGUUACUACCAGAUCAGCAUUAAAUGUUACAAUAACUAUCAGAAGAUCUGCAACAGGUUCAUUUAUUGAUGCUGGUUACGAGAAGACUGCAAUUGAUCUUGUAGCACAAGGUUUUGCUUUUACAAAUGGUGUUAUCUACAUCAUUGAGUCAUUCCUUAAUUAUUCUCCUCUCACAUUAUUAGAAAGACUGCAAUCUGAAGACAGUAUCAGAACAUCUAUUGCAUUAUUAGAUUUAUUAGUAACACCAAAUGUUACAGACCUAUUAUCACGAGAUGGUGUUACUUUCACGUUCCUGGCACCAAGUGACAACUCGGAUAAUUUAAUGGAAUUUUCUGAUUAUGCAAAGAAGCAAGGAUUAUCUCGAGAGGAUAAAUUAAAAGUAUUUUGGCGUCAUGUUAUAAAUGGGAGUGAAGUGACUUACAUCGAUUUAAAACAAGGCUAUGUUAAAUCUGAUUCAUUACCAACUAAUGUAACAUUACAGACAGCUAAUGACGACGUAAUGUUCAGCUGGAAAGAUGUUCAAGGUCGUAUUAUCAAAGCUAAUUUAUUGGCAUCCAAUGGAAUUAUCCACGUCAUCGAUAAUUUCUUGUAUUCAACAUCAUCACCAACGACAACUGCAAAAACUUCCAGCAGAGUAUCUGACAGUGUGGAACAUAGGACACCGCCUGCAACCACCCCGAAUGCACAGCCUGUACUCAGUGGUGUAUCAUUACGCUUGGAAAAAAUGCUUCUUAUAUUAACUGUGAUGGUGAGCUGGACAUCAAUGCAGAUUUAUUCAUGACAGUGAUAUCAAACCAAAAAUAUUUUCUUACAAAAAAAAAAAGACUUUCACCAGAAAUCCAUUCUUCAUUUUUUAACAUAGAUGUAUAUAGAAACAUUUGUAUCAUAUCAUUUUGUAUAAAUAUUCAUCAGUUGUAUAUAAUGCCUUCAAAGAAGGAAUCCUCCUUUUAUUGCACUGUCAGAGCCACAGCGGACUAAAAAAUAGCCAAUGGUGCUCCUAAACUAUGAUUUAGUUUUUAAUUCAUUGGUAUUUAUCAGUAGGCCUAUCUAUAUUUACUUCCUGUAUCUAUUUUUGACUCUGUACAUGUAAUGGUCACUAUCUCUGCUAAAAGUUCUUUUAACUAUAAAUCUGAAAUGUCCACUCAAUGUUUCAAUGAUUUGUGCAUGCAUAGGGGUCUUUAGUAGAGGGAGGAAACCAGAGGACCCAUAGAAAAACUACAAAGUUGGCUAGUGACCCCCGCUCCUUGUCAAGCACUGGCUUGGGAUCAAAUCCACACCAUUUGACUCAAUGACAGACCUUAUGGUCUAAAGCAUAGGCCUACGUGUUAGAUCAGUCGAAAGGGAGUGCUGUAAAUAUAAAAGCACAAGAGGAUCUUUCAUAGCCCCUUAAUUGAGACUCCUCGAUUUAUUCUGCUGAGCUUAUGGUAUAUUAUGCUUUUAAGCCCUGGUUAAAAAAAACCAGUAAUCUGAAUUUUUUAGGACAUAUCAAAUCCCUCAAUGCUAUGUUUUGUUGGUAAGUUAUAUUGUAUAUAAUAGGUGCCAUUACAAUGGUUGUUGAAUAUGUGUCUAGUUUAAGUUAGAUUGGUAUUUUCUUCUGGAUCUAAUAUUUUUGUCAAUUCUACAUGAACAUCUGUUUCCUACUGAAGUGAUUAUCUUAACUAACUGUUUUGGUGAACAGAUCAACCCCCUCUAUCAGUUGGUUGUUCUGAAGUUUGAUCCUACACUACGACAAGCAAUGGGGUUUGCCUUUCUACAACAUCUCCAUCUGUACUCUUCUCAAAUUAUUUAAAUAUAUGCAUAGACCUAGUCCUCACAUUAAAUGUUGUUUGACUAUUCCACUUUAAAAGUGGGAAGAAAAUAUAGUAUGCAGAGAAAACCCAUUUAUGUAGGCGACUCUACUCCUUGUGACAGACUCAGGAUCCAACUCAUAGAUACCAGGCCCUGGUUUCACAAACUUAAGUUUAGAAUUUACUCAAAAUUGUUUGCCUUAUAUUAACUAAAAUAUAGCCUUUAUAAAACUUUUGUUGUUUUAAUGUAUCAAAUACAUUAAUAAGAAGCUAUGUGUAAAUUUUUGUGUUUCUGGAUUAAAGAUAUUUCUAAUAAACAGUGAUUGAAAGUUGAGUAAAUUCUUAACUUAAGUCUGAGAAUGCUUUGCGAAACUGGGACUAAGAUGAUCUACACCACCCACCCAGUGAAAAUAGGGGUUAAUAUUAAUCCAGCUGGUUAAAUAUAAGGACUGUUUGUAAAUGUAUAAUGUCCUCUAGUUGUAGUGCUAGUUUUUGUAGAUACAUUUUUCAUAAUAAAGAUUGCCAAUAUAUAAACAUAUCAAUUUUAUUAUAUAUACUAAA